GUAUCACCCAGAUCCACAGAAUUAGUUUGCUCCUCUGAGGGCAAACACCCAUUAUCAAGCUCUCACAGCCACCUGCUCUCCAGCAAUGCCUCCAGACUUUGACACCAACAUGAGGUUCAAGUUCUCCAUCCUGGCCCUUUUUCUGGAAGUGGUUGUCAUUGUUUUGUAUGGGAUAUUUGUGGAAUAUGACACAAAUUCUGCUACAGGCUUAUACCCACACUUUCAGGAUGUCCAUGUGAUGAUUUUUGUUGGAUUUGGUUUCCUGAUGACCUUUCUGAAGAAAUAUGGAUUCAGCAGUGUUGGUUUCAACAUGCUCAUUGCUGCCUUCGGUCUCCAGUGGGGAAUUCUGAUGCAAGGAUUUUGGCACAUGAAAGGAGGGAAAAUUCCUGUUAGCAUCGAAAGCAUGAUAAAUGCAGACUUCAGCACAGCAACAGCUUUGAUUUCAUUUGGAGCACUCCUGGGGAAAACAAGUCCCAUUCAGAUGCUGAUCCUGACUCUUCUGGAGAUCACCAUCUUUGCAUGCAAUGAACAUCUAGUAACCAAUGUAUUACAGGCCACAGAUGUUGGAGCUUCCAUGACCAUCCAUGCUUUUGGAGCUUAUUUUGGUUUGGCUGCAGCUUUCGUCCUGUACCGUCCUGGUCUGGCAAAAAAACAUGAAAAUGAUGAAUCCACCUAUCACUCAGACAUGUUUGCCAUGAUUGGCACCCUGUUCCUUUGGCUUUUUUGGCCCAGUUUUAACUCUGCCAUUGCAAAUGGCCCAGAAGGCCAGGGAACAGCCAUCAUCAACACUUACUACUCCUUGGCUGCCUGUGCUGUUGUAACAUUUGCCCUCUCCAGCUUGGUGGAUAAAAGAGGCAAAUUCAGCAUGGUUCUCAUUCAAAAUGCCACCCUGGCAGGAGGAGUAGCAGUGGGUACCUGUGCUGACCUGGCAAUCCACCCUUUUUCUGCCAUGUUCAUUGGGGUCAUUGCAGGAAUUGUCUCUGUCCUUGGAUUCCAGUACCUGACUCCUGUGUUGGCAUCCAAGCUGAAAAUCCAAGACACUUGUGGGGUUCAUAACUUACAUGGUUUACCUGGCAUCCUGGGAGGUAUUGCUGGCAUUGUAGUAACUGCAAUAAAAAGGGAAAUGAGGAAUGGUCACCUGCUCACUCCUGCCAUGCAGGCUGCUGCCCUGGGAAGUACACUUGGCAUUGCACUGGUGGGAGGAGCACUCACAGGUGCUAUCCUAAAGCUGCCCUUCUUGGGACAAGUAUCUGACCAGAACUGCUUUGAUGACUCUGCUUACUGGGAGGUUCCAGAGGAGGAGACAGUACCUGAAAUUCACUCCAGCCACCGUGAUGAGCGCAGCAGAUUUGAAGCUGCCAUGUAGAAAAAUAAUUGAUCUGCAAUAUUUGCCCUAAUGAUGCUCUUUUCUGUUCAUAACAAUGAAACAACAUCUAAGUAUUGUCCCAACCACACCAGGUUUUUAAGAAAAAGCUGAAGUUAGCUAUAGUUUUGUAAAAGAAAAGAAGCUUGAUUUUAGGUUAUUUGGUCAUUAUACCAAGCUCAGAUUAAUAAAUUAGGUCCUUCUAAUAUAUUUAUUCUUCAGAAAAAGGCACCACAAACUGCUCUUUAAAAUUAUCUAUAUUUUAUAUUUUAUUGUCACUGACAAUAUAGCUGUUGUAAUAAACUUUGGGUUUCAAGAUUAUUACAGGAUAAUAUAUUUAAUUGUGAGAUUUCUGAGUUACAUCCUUCAACAGUAUAGGGGUAAUCAAGAAGAAAUGAAUUUAUAUUUUUUAUAUGGAUUUGAACAAACUUUUCACCAGAGUAUCCCAGCUUAACUUUUUAAGAAAGUGUAUCCUCUUUUCUGAUGGAGGAGAAAAUGUGCAGUAUUUUGAAGUUUGAUUAUGACAGGAAGCAAAAUGUUGAAACAAUUCUUAUGGCAAAGCACAGAAUACAAUGAUUCAUUAGGCAAUAUGAGUAUAGAUUAAUUGUGAAUAUGCUUAUUAAAAGGGAAAAAAAAGUGAAAUUGUUUAAAAAAAUCUUAAUUGUCAUAGAUCUAUUUAUUUAUUGUCAUAGAUUUAGUUAGUUUCAAGAACAUAAUAAGGGAACUGAGCAGGAGCUAUGAAAAGCAAGUGAUUGCAUAAUGUUCUGUUCAAUAGUGGAUUGUAAUAUAAUAAGUGUAAUAAUAAGUGGAUUGUAGCAGUGUUAAUGUCGAGAAAUAUAACCUGAACUAAUGCCAGCUCCAGAAAAAAAAAUAAUUGUUUGGAACUGAUGGGGAAGAAACCAUGUUCAACCUACAGAAGACACAAGUCACUGACUCUGAAGUCACUUUCUCCUAAAAAAAGUAAAAGCAAAAGAAGAAAACUGAAGUUAAAUUAAGGAAAAUUAACUUAAUCAGAGAAGUGAUGACAGUGGCUGCUCAGUUCAGAGACAAAAACUGAGGCAGCUGAAGGAACUCCAUGAGGUGCCUUCCUGCAUGGGAUAAUCCAUUGAGAGACAAUGGAUGGGAAGUGGAAAUCCAACAAAAGGAGCACAGUGCCUCAGUCCAUCAUCCAGGGAAAGCUACUGCUGAUAUCUCUGAAUAACAGGCCAAAGUGGGUCAACUUUCAACUUUUUUUUUAUACUAGGAUUUUAUUUCAAGUCUUACUUAUCAGACUUAACAGGAAAACUCCUCUCAAAUUUCCAUUUCUGCUGAUGUACUUGUCCUCAAAAAUCCUUAGAAAGAUACAAGGCAGGGCUGUCCCAUAUGUUAUCCCUGCUGUAUACUGCUAGAUAUGUCAGAUUUCUGUCCAUGAAUAAAAAUACAUUUGUUGUAUCACA